GCCAUCUUGGGAGUUGUCUCUGCGUUCGGCUCCUGUUGUCCCGACGCCCUGGCGGCUCUGGCGCAGUGUUCGUCGCCCCGCGACGCGCAGGUCGGGGCCGGCAGCGCCGUCGUGAGAUCCGGGUCUCCUGGGAAACCGGAAAUGAUCCCUGUCAUCUUCUUGAGAACAGAGCCACAGUAGGCUACUAGAGGAUGAGAUAAGGUGGAAAUCAGGUUGUCCAGUUGACAGCUAGCUCACUUUCUAAAGCUGAGCCACCUUUUCAACCACCAGGGCUUGCUGUCCUUUGAGGAUGUGGCCGUGGACUUCACCUGGCAGGAGUGGCAGGAGCUGGACGCUGCUCAGAGGACCCUCUACAGGGAUGUGAUGCUGGAGAACUACAGCAACUUGCUGUUUUUGGGGCACUGCAUGACUAAACCUGAAUUGAUCUUCAAUUUGGAACAAGGACUUGGGUCAUGGAUUUUAGGAGAAGCCUCAGACCAGAGCCUCCCAGAUGUUCAAAAAUUGAGUCCCCUGAAUAGCCCCAGCUUUGAAAACCAAGAGAAACAUACGUGGCAAGUUGUAGUCACCAACAGCAAUACAGCAAAUGAAGAGAUGGUUGAUGUACAAGAAACACCUCAUGUCAGCACAGAUAAUGUGAGCUCAAGCCAGAUUUCAAGUUUGAAUGUUAAGAAUGAAAACUCUUCAGGAACGAACCCUAAGAAGCUUGUUCUGUGGAAGAAUGUGCUGCUCCAUAGCGGCCGUGAUGAGGUGCCAGCCAGAGAGGAAGCUGGGGGCACCAGCCGAGCGGAGAAACCCCUCAGGCGGCCUCGGCGCCUGAGUCCAUGUAAAAUGACGCAGAAAUCUCAGUGCUUGAGACCAGGGAAAGCCGGCAACACCAGGACAGUAUUCACACAUAAGUUUAGUAUGCAAGAGUCCUCUGCUAAGCUCAGUGACUGCGGAGAACCCUUGGAUGAUGCAGCAUUUAUUGCCAAAGAGGCGGCUCAGGUAAAGGAGGAGUCUUUUGAAUAUGAUGUCUGGGGGAUUAAGUGUAACAAAUCUAAUCUCAGUGAGCACGAGGAUAUGUACACAGGAGAGAAACAGGAAUAUAGUGAAUAUGAGAAAUCUUUCAUUGGGGAAUCAUACUUCCCAGAACAUGAGGAACAGUAUGCAGGAGAAAAGCCGUAUGUCCAUACAGAAUAUAAGAAGCUAUUCUGUCCGAGAGAAGGGAACAUUCAUCAUCAAAUCCACAGAGGAGGGAAGUCCUACGAGUGCGAAGUAUGCGGGAAGUGCUUCUACUGGAAGACAAGUUUCAACAGGCAUCAGCGAACGCACACCGGUGAGAAGCCCUACGAGUGUAAGGAAUGUAGGAAAGCCUUCUGCCAGAAGUCCCAUCUUACUGUACAUCAGAGAGUUCACACUGGUGAGAGACCAUACGGAUGCACAGAAUGCAGCAAGGCUUUCUACCGCAAGUCAGAGCUCACUGAUCACCAGAGGAUUCACACAGGGGAGAAACCCUAUGAAUGUAAGCUGUGUGGAAAAGCUUUUUGCCAAAAGGCCCAACUUACUCUGCAUCAUAGAACUCACACGGGCGAGAAGCCUUACAAAUGCACAGAGUGCGAGAAAGCUUUCUACUGCAAGUCCUACCUCACCAUCCAUCACCGGACACACACAGGCGAGAAGCCCUAUGAGUGUGCAGAGUGCAAGAAAACGUUUGCCUGUAAGUCAACUUUCAGGCACCAUCAGAAAACUCACACAGGUGAGAGACCCUACGAAUGUAAGCAGUGCACAAAAACGUUCUACCGCAAGUCAGGACUCAUCCAGCACCAGAGGACUCACACGGGCGAGAGGCCCUACGAGUGCGGGCUGUGUGAGAAGGCCUUCUACUGCAUCUCACACCUCACCUCACACCAGCGAACUCACACGGGCGAGAAGCCCUUUGAGUGUAAGGAAUGCAAGAAAUCUUUUUAUGACAAGUCAAACCUCAGGCGACAUCAGAAAAUUCACACUGGUGAGAACCUUUGUCAGUGCCCACGGUGCACAAAAUCUGUUUUGAGCAAACAGCAUCUUUCAACAUCAGACAACUUAUACCAUUGAGAGUCUGGAUGUAGAGAAUGCAGGAAAGCUUUCUACGUAGAACAUACUGACUUACGCUUAUCUGAGCACUGCUGUUGGUGAUGGAAGCCCUUUGGAUGUAAGGACAUAAGAAAAGAUCAGGUCACAAGCAAAAUCUCACUAUUCCAGAGCACAGGGGAGAAACCUAUUGAAUAUCGGAAACUUUAUAGAAUGUGAACAGGUGAAAAUGUAAAUAAUACAGAAAAUAUAACUACAUUAGAACUCACACAAUUGACUAUGGGAAAUAAUUUAGCCAGGCACCUAAUCCAGAUGCUCCUGAGAAAGGAUGACUUCCUGACAGUCAGAAACCAUGUUAUGCAAGAAAAUGCAGUGAUGUUGUACUGGAACUUCUUGCUUCAUGUUACAACACAGAAUGCUGGGAAACCUAAUAAGAUGGAAGAAUAGCUCCCUAUGUUCAGUAGAAUUCGAGACUCCUUAUCAGGUGCAGGUGCAGAUGGUUCACCUGUGACCUGUGCUUGGGAGGAGGAAGGAGGUGGUGCGUCAGAAAGGCACUACAGCCUGGGAUACAGGAGUCACUCUCAAAAGCUUGACGCUCAAACAACUUGAGAAACUUAUCAAUUGAUAAAGCAUAUGAAUACAAUUUAGGGGAAAAUGAUGCCAUACUUCAGCUUGUAUCAGAACAUAAGUGGCCCUGUAAGGGUAUGGAUUGUAUUUUAUACAUGUACUGAUUGCUAAAAAUCAUAAUAUACAUUACAUACACAUGAAAGAGCUUAUUGGAAAGAGUUACACAGGCUGCAGAUAGUUAGUGUGGCAGAAGCUUGCUUACCUUUGAUGUUGCCUGCUCUUUGAUACUAGAAAAUUUGUGCAAGUAACUUGUAUCAUCAUUCUCCUACUCAGAUCAUUCAUUGUAAAAUAAAAGUAAUUGUGGAGAAAUUGUAGCCAGUUGAGAAUGCUUUGUUUGGCAAGAACAUUAAUUCUUUUAGUGCAAUCUUCAUAGUUUCUCUUUCUGGAAAAAAGAGUCUUGAUAGGGAGGCUGUUUUUGAAAUCAUAGUUUAGUCCAGACUGAUCUCAAAAUGAUGAUUCUACUGUAGCAUCUUGAGUGCCUGGGUUACAGGUAUGUGUGUGCCACCAUGCCUGAUGCUAAAUUUUAUUAAUGUGCGAGAAAUGUUAAACUUAUUUUUAUACAUAAAGUUUUAAUGAAAAUACCCUUUCAUGUAACUUAGAUGUUUACUUUCAAAUUAUAUCACUAAAUAUAAUGAAAGUUAUUUAAAGUAUCCAAUUGUGUGCCAAUAAAUAAAUAAGUGAUAAAUAUGAA